GAUAAAAUAUAAGCAACCAGUAAAAUAUAGCUGCACAGGGGAGUAGGGGUCAAAUUGCAGUCCUUAAGAGAGGAAAAAAAAAAAAAACCUGCAGUUAUCCUGGAAGCAAGUGACCUGGAAGGAUCUUGUAGAUGUAAACAAGGUCGAACCUGGCCACGACAACAGAGGAAUCUAACAGGUGUAUGUUAAAGGAAGAUUUUCUCCGCAAAUAUUGAUAGUAGAAAAUGAUGUUCUUCUGAUCCAUAGCAUAAAAGGUGAAAUUGUCUUAGACUUCAACGUUUGUGUUGGUCCCAUAAGUAAUCUUUCACGGUACCACCAAAGUAUCUUCUUGUCUUUUUAUGAAGAAAUCCAUUUUUACCGGUGAAGGUCUCAGUUCGGCCGCAUCCAUGCCAUUUACUUAUACAUACCUGGAUAUAUUUAUAUACUCCACGUGCCUUCUGUGUGUCUCAACCUAGGCAGCCACACUCCUCCCCAACUUCUGUCCCUAAGCUAAAAGCACAUCUCUCUUUAACAUGGCUUUACAUCAAAUAUCAGAAACUUGUGCUGAACAUAAGAUUUCAGUAGCUGAUGAAGAUGCUCAGAAAGUCCAGAGAUUGCGGCGAGCUCAAUGGCUCCGAGCAGCUAUUCUGGGAGCUAAUGAUGGUUUGCUUUCCACUACAUCACUAAUGCUUGGCGUAGGUGCAGCAAAGGAAGAUAGCCGGUCCAUGGUCUUGUCUGGACUGGCUGGAGCUCUUGCAGGUGCCUGUAGCAUGGCUGUUGGGGAGUUUGUUUCAGUCUCAACCCAGAGAGAUAUCGAAAGGGAAACUGUAAGCGAUCUCAGUUCAAAAAAUGAUGGAAAAGAUUCUCCUGGAAUCAGAAUCGAUGUCACAGCAACGCUAGCAAGCACGAAUGGAGAAGCGAAGCUGGAUGAUCCCCCUGGAAAUAUACAGUUUGCCAAGCUCAUCUCUGAGCCAACACAGAGAAGGUCACCAAGUAUGAUCCACGAGCCAAAGUUACCUCCGGGUAUUUCUCCUGGAAGAUCUCCUGCAAUGAAAGUAAUUCAAGAAGAUGCGAGGAAAAGUGCUGAAAUAAUGCUGGAGGAUGACAGAGAGGAGGUGCUAACAAACCCCUACAAGGCUGCAAUUGCAUCAGCUCUGGCUUUUUUUGGAGGCUUGGGAGCUUAUCUUGGCGGUUCACCAGUUAGGAUAUCUGCAGUAAGAAUUCUUCUUGGAGGUUGGAUUGCCAUGGCAAUUACUUACGGGUUGCUCAAGCCUUUCGAUAAGGAUCGUAGUUGAUGAUUUGGAUUAUUUCCAUCAUUACUGUAAAAGAAGCUGCUUGGAAAAACAGAAAAAAGGUUUUGGUUUUUCAUAUAAAGACAAGGCUUUCGAUUCUUGCUUGCUUCAUGCUGGAUGUUUGUAUUGUCUAAAAAUACUGGUAUACUAACACAUAAAUGUUAGACCAUUAAUACUCCUUCAUGG